AUGGAUGAUCUAACCAACAACACAGCAGCAAGAAUAGCAGCGACAGUGAGAUCGCAAUCAGUAAGUCCCUCUAUCCCGGUAGCAGCCCCAGUGUUAGAGGAAGCAGCCCAAGCAGUCGCGAUAGAUUCCACCAGUGCAGCCAUGGCGCAGUGGACACGCCUGCGAACUACUACAAGGCGUCAGAUUACGAACACGUGCAGCCAAAUCACCACAGCCAUUAGAAGAGGUGACCCAGGAGACAGUGUUCAAGCCCUUGCAGAGUACGCGCAGGAAUUGUUGAGAACCGCUAGUGAUCUCAACAACAGACUGCUUGAAGAAGCUGGCCUAGACGAAUUCGAUCGGCAGCACGAGGCACAUACUAGGUAUGUUCAGCAGGUUAAGGCCGUGGCAGCAGAGCUUCAACGUUACCUUACCCCCCGUGCACAUCCACCAUCAGUUCGAAAUGGCCAUCCCGCCAUUGUACCCUCUGUAUACAGUAGCCGGCAGUCGUCAGCAGUGCAUCCCGAAGCCGACAGACCACAAUCCCACACAGAAGCCCAACAGAGAGUCCUUGCAGCGCAACAGGACCUCCAGGAAGCAGAAAGGGCUCUACAGUCACUAAGGUUAGAAGACAAUGACUUAGAAUAUCGGUCAUUGCCAGGUGUAGUCGAACUCGACGCAGUUAAUCGCUGGUGCCAAGACAACAGAAGAUGGGGAGCAGUAGGAGAAGCGAGCCUACAGGAAGAAGCUCCAGACGAUUGGAUUGAUAUGUAUCGUGCCGGUCGAUUACGACCCCUUCCGCGAGUAGAAGCAGGACCUCAUUCGUCAAUUCGAGCUGAGUUACCUGAUUACAGCGGAAAGGCUCUAGAUUGGUUCGCAUGGAUCGAUUUGUUCCGGGCGUUGGGGGGAGAAGCUGCUUACAUUCAAGCAUUGGUCAGGCUUAAGGACAGUUUUGGCAGACGUGACGUCAUGCGAGCAGCGCAUAUUCAAGCGUUAGAGAAACUGGAGUUCCAGAAGAACGAUCCUGCUUCCUUCAAGCGGUAUGCGGAAAAGGUCCGCACACACUUGUUCGAUCUCACUAGAAUAGGCGAAUUCGCCGCCGCAGACAUCAUUGAAAGAAUCUGUCUCAAGCUACAGCUCGCUGAUCGCUUAGCUUGGAAUACGGAUAGAGGAAGUGGACUUGAAAGGCGAAGCCUCGACCAGUUUGGUUCUUGGCUUUGCAACCGGGCCGCCGCGUAUCAAAACGCAUACAGCAUUGCGGCAGACCAAACAAGUGGAGUGCCGGGUAAAGCUCGUGACAGACAGCAUACCCGCACCAACCAGGUUCAGGGUGAAACAAGAGGAAGAGACAAUCGUCAGCCCAACAGUAGCUAUUGCUUCAAUUGCGAAGGCUCCCACAAGUUGGAAGAUUGCCCGUCGUUUAAGGGUCUUACGGCUAGAGAUAAGCUGUCGUUUUGUAGCCGACGUCGGUUAUGUUUCAAUUGCCUGAAAUCUGGACAUUCUGCUAGAGAUUGCAGAAUGAAGAAAUCGUGUUCGGUCCCUAACUGUAAUCGCACACACCAUGCACUGCUUCACUACCAGCCGGAUGACGCGGACGAAUCGGUUCGCCCCGCUACAGCCCGCACCAACCUAGCAAAGGGGAAGAAAGCAGCUGUAGGAAUGAUCCAACUGGAUGUUCUGGAUGCAGAGGGAAACCUUGUGAAAGCCAAUGUAUUUCUGGAUGAAGGUGUUCCGCAGACUCUCGCCGUUGAUGGCGCUGGUGGAGUUUUGAGAAAAUAUACUUCGCGUCGUAUUCAACUCCGAGUCCGGCUACCCACAGGCGAAUUCGCCACUCUUCAAGGUUCGACUAUGCCUACUGUGGCCAGUCCGGUUCCACUUACAGAUUGGAACACCUUAAAGAAGCGUUGGAGACAUUUAGCAGACCUGCCAUUAGAAAGCAAUGGCGGGAGAGUAGACAUCCUUCUCGGAAUAGAUCAGGCCUAUUUGACAACGGCCAUGGAAUCUCGUUUCGGACAAGAAGACGAACCUACUGCUAUUCGUACCCGCCUUGGAUGGGUCGUAAGAGGAUUUUCACCCAGCAUGGAAGAGGAAGGCGACGCACUAGCGCAGCAGAUGAAACGCUUUUGCGACACAGAAGAAUUCGGGACGGAGCACAAGACAGAUGGCGUUUCCGAAGACGAUAGACAAGCUAUCGAUAUUUUAGAAAGCGGAACGCGAAAAUUGGCCGUCGGCUAUGAAACACCCAUCACCUGGAAGGUUGGGGAGCCAGACCUGCCAAACAAUCGGCAUUUGGCCGAAAGAAGAUUGGCUACCCUGCUGCACCGGUUCAACGAAGAACCCGAUUUCGGGCAGGAGUAUAGAAAAGCCAUGGAAAAGAACUUCGAAAAGGGCUAUGCAAUUGUGUUGGCACCCGCCGACUACGGCCCACCGGAGUAUUAUCUCGCUCACCAUGGAGUGAGAAAAGGUCCGAAGCUACGCGUUGUGUUUGACGCUGCAGCACCGUUCAAGGGAAAGUGCUUGAACGAUAGUAUUCUCAGUGGUCCGGCUCUACAAACCCCAUUGCCAUCUGUCAUCUUAAAAUUUCGGGAAGGCGAAAUCGCAUGGGCAGCUGACAUAGAAGCCAUGUUUAGUAGAAUACGGCUGAGACCAGAAGACGCACGGUACUUUAGGUUUCUUUGGAAAAGAAACGGGGAGGAGAAAGUGUGCGUGUGUGAGAUGAAGCGGCUACCAUUCGGCGCUACCUGUUCGCCAUUCAUUGCGAUCAGUACCACGCGAAAAAUUGCUGCUGAUCUCAGCGAUGACCCGAAAGUUAUCGAGGCAAUCAACACAAGGAUGUACGUUGACGAUUACCUCAGCUCCGCCAAAUCACUGGAGGAAGGUAUUCAAGAAGCAGUAGGCGUUAAAGAAACCCUAGCAAAAGGAGACAUGCACCUUCAAAGCUGGAUCUCCAAUUCCGCAGCUUUCGUGAAAAUCUUAGCACCUACAAGUAAAGGUGUUAGUCAAGGCCCAGCCGAGCUUCCAUUAAGCAAGGACGACUCUGAGAAAGUCCUUGGUGUUUACUGGAACCCGAAUUCGGAUACGCUUAAAUUCAGAGUGAGCGGGCUAGAAGAAAUCACCUACACACGGGUUGGAAUUGCAAGUAAGGUUGCGAGUUUGUUCGAUCCGCAAGGGAUGGCAGCUCCCCUUAUUGUUAAAGCCAAGAUCAAGUUAAGGGAGCUCGGAACAAAAGGGCUUCAGUGGAACGAUCUCGUCAGCAGCGACGACCGUGAUUGGUGGGAAGAAUGGUUUAGCGUCCUACAGCAGCUCAACGACAUCGACAUUCCACGCUGUUUAUUCCCAGAUGAAGAGAAUAUUACCCGAUCGGAACUCCACGCAUUUGGAGACGCAUCGGAAGAAGCGUACGCUGCAGUUAUCUACAUUCGGAAUGUGUACUCUGAUGGUCGAGUACUAGUACGACACGUGCGGGCGUCAACAAAAUUGGCACCGAAAAGAAGCAUUUCCGUGCCAAAGUUGGAGUUAAAUGCUGCUCUGCAAGCAGCCCGUCUCGCACGCUCAGUGAUCGGAGCAUUCACAAGGAUUCCGCACCGUCGGUAUUUCUGGACCGACAGCAGCACCGUAAGAAAUUGGAUUCGAGCAACCGCGUCCAAAUAUCAGAUGUUUGUCAGUCAUCGGGUUGGAGAAAUCCAAACACUGACUCAACCAGACGAAUGGCGUUUUGUGCCGGGCAAGAUGAACACAGCCGAUAUCGCAACUCGUUCAGCCAUUGAAGAGGAAGCCCUUCCAUCGCGCUGGUGGGACGGACCGAAAUUCCUACAAGACGACGAAGAAACAUGGCCAGCAGAUUUGCCAUGGAUUGCCGUGGUUGAAGAGAUACGGCCGGUGCGAUCACAUCAAGCCACCGUUACUACUUCAACGUUCGAUUGGGAAAGUGUCAAGAUCGGUGUAGAAGACAUUCCGGACUUAGUAAGACUGGAAAAGGUGUUCUACGAUCUCGUAAAAAGAUGCCAAUCGGAGGUGUAUAGCGAAGAAAUUCGUCGUUUGAAGAAAGGAAAAUGGCUUCAGCCUAACUCAAGUUUACUCUCUCUUUGUCCCGUUCUCGGAAAAGAUGGACUUUUGAGACUAGGAGGACGAGCCGGGCGAGCUAAGUUGCCCUAUGAAGAAUUGCACCCGCCAUUGCUGCCUGCGCAGCAUGGUUUUACGAAGACUAUCGUUCGAGCGUUCCACGUAUUGCUUAAGCACGUUGGAACAGACUACCAGAUCAGCUACAUAAGGCAGCAUUUCUGGAUACCAGGAGGCCGGGAACUAGUCAAAAGGAUUAGACACGAGUGUGAAAAGUGCAAACGAGAACGUGCCAAGCCAGGCGAACAACUUAUGGCUGAACUACCGGAUUCGCGUCUAGAAUCUGGCUCAGCUCCAUUCACUCGAACAGCCUGUGAUCUGUUUGGGCCAUUGGAAGUAGGACUUUCGCGAAAUCGCACAGCAAAGCGAUGGGCCGUUUUGUACACCUGUCUCGUUACCCGUGCCGUCUAUGUGGAUCUCGUGAACUCACUCUCAUCAGACGAUUUCCUUCUUAGCCUUCGGCGUUUUAUCGGACUUUACGGCAAACCUCGCGUCAUGCAUUCCGACAACGGCACAAACUUUGUCGGUGCUGAAAACGAGCUGAAAGAAGAAGCCGAAAAACUGUAUGCCGAUGAGAAAGUAGCCGAGUUCCUGAAUUUGAAAGGGAUUGACUGGAGAUUCCAGCCACCCAGAACACCACAUUUUGGUGGAGCGCACGAGUCGCUUGUAAGAUCGGCAAAAAAGGCGCUUUAUACCGCUCUUGACUUGGAGAGUAAGAAGCUACGACAUCCAGCGGAAGACACACUCCGCACUCUCCUAUAUGAAGUAGCCGGUUUAUUAAAUGGUCGUCCCCUCACUGCAGCCAGUACAGAUCCGAAUGACUUCCGUCCGUUAACUCCUAACGAUUUUCUAAAUCGUCCGAGUUCGGCCGACCCACCAGCUGGGACAUUCGACGACGCACUGCCCCGUGAGCAUUAUAGGUACGUCCAGAGAAUGGCCAAUCUAUUCUGGGAUCUUUGGAAGAAAGUUUAUCUCCAGUCACUUGCCGGAAGAAAGAAGUGGAAAUCCCCUCUGCCCAACUUUAAAGUCGGGGAUGUUGUGUUGGAGAUCGACAAGAGCCUACGACGCGGACAAUGGAAUAUCGGCCGGAUUGCGAAGGUAUUCCCAGGGCCAGACGGCCUAGUUCGAGUCGUAGAUGUGCAGCUGGAAAGAGGACUUUUCCGUCGUGGAAUCGACACUCUCGCGCUAUUAGAAGUUAGCUCAGCAGGCGAUGUCGUCCCAGACAUACCCGCUUCGGGGGAGGAUGUUCCGGCGAAGAAUUAA